UUCGUUUGCUUCCCGCUGGUACAUCGUGAUUCUCAGGAAUUUAAAAAUGCCAGUCCAUUUUUCCCUGCCUCAGGCUAUCUCCCGUUUCUGGGGAAAGGAAGGUCAUGCCACUAGUAAAGGGCGGCCAAUAACCCUCACCACGCCAAAGCCUCAUCAUGAUUUCGUAUUUAGCCCCGGUUAUCGUUCCAGUGGAACACCUUAUAUAAUAAUAACUGACUCACGACGGAAGACAGUUUCGUCAACCGAGUCCCCAUGCUCCGUCGAAAUCAAUCAAUUAAGUAUGUUCUCUCUGAAUGGUAUGUGUCGCGCUGGACGAAUUUUGCGAAAUAUCUUCGUGAAGAAGCAUUCUUCGGGAAUAUCUGGAUCCAAAACUACGCGAGAUGAACCACUAUUUCCCAACUGCUCCGGUGCCGGAACCGACCCACCAUCGGGUCAUCAGCAAGAGGAGCCACGACAAUACUCCAGGUUCGACGAGAAUUCAGUAACUGGCUCAUACUCGGACAUUCAGGCUCUUCAUGGAUCGGAACGUCCAGAGGAGCGAGGCGAGUCCAUCAAUGUGCUUCCCUCCCUCCCUUUCGAGAAUGAUGGAUCGAGAACCCCAGGGGUGUGCCAAAAUCUGGAUCAAUUCGAUUUUGUAUACGACAUAAUCGUACAGUCUCCCAUGGGAUCCAAACUCCGGCGACGUCUGACCCUCAAGUUCGAUGCGGAUGUCAAUAUAAUGUCGGACGAUAUGCAACAUAGACUGGGUACUGAGCUAAGACCUUAUCACGGAGGCCCCAUUUCAAUAACGGGACAGUCGCACAUAUUCCCUGUCGGAACUGUUGGUGUUUCAUGGACGUUUUGUGGGCAGCCCAGGAUUUACAAAACCGAUUUCUAUGUUGUUCCGGAUACGAACUAUGAUUGUCUUAUCGGCAGGCCAUCAAUGCGCAGUCACGAGCUGUAUCGAGUGGAUCCAGAAAUCACCAGACGCUUAAACACAUCAUACCAUGAGCAAAAUGGUACCCAGGAAUAAUACAGUGAACAGAAAUAAAUGGUGGAAUAUGUAAAUAUUCUCAGUUGGAUUUGCCUUUCAGUGAUGUAAUUUGAUAACUGGCACUAUUUAUUGGAAUAUGUGGCACAAUGGCAUGGG